AGACCAGAGAAAGGACUUUAGAGACACAGUGGCGACAAUUCUCCGAGGACAACACGAACUCCAGAGCCACCUACUGGAGCUACAGAGGACCAACACACAUCUCUUGGCUCUGAUUGGGGGAGACAAUCUCUUCAGGAGAAGCUUCUCACCAGCAGCAGAUGAAGUUGCUCUGCCUUCGAUGUCCCUUCCGUUCCGUGGGAUCAGACGACAUCAAAAUUGUUCCUACUUUUUCCGUGUGCAUAACAUUCAUACCCACAACGGAGCUGACGAUUUAAGCCAAGUUUACAGCCAGGACUGGUAUUUACACCACCUAGGAUUCCGCGGCUCUUAUGGGAUCGGAAGAACUUGGGACUCGGUAGAGAUCGGACUAUAUCUCUGUUUCUUUGGCGCUGACGGUCCCGAGUCGGUCCGAGUUCGGACGAGUAUCAAACUCGUGGAUCCGAGUAAUCCGAAUGUUGAGUCUUGGAUCGUUGGAGGAAGAACUGGGAUAAUCGAUUCUACCUCGGACAGUCUUUAUGAGUGGACCAGAGGCUAUAAAGUACCACUGGAUCGUAAAAGUCUGAGAAACAGAGGGUUUAUGAAAUCUGACGUGCUAUUGGUCAGAUUUGACGUGGAAAUAAUGAAUGAUCCGCUUGUGAAUGAACCGCCUGAAAACAAUAACUAUACUCAGCCUUCUCGGAGCCCAUGAUGAAAUUUGGGAUUGGGGGCGGAGGUGGAAGGCUGUACGAGACAGACAAAUGAAUACCUGUACCUUUAUUCCAGAUUUCGUCUGGGUCUAUGGGUGAGACUGGCUAUUUUGUUGGUCCCGCCUCCUAAACGCGACACACAAACACACACACACACACACACACACACACACACACACACACACACACA